ACGUCAAACGAGCGUACCGCUCUCUGCUACCUGGGACACAUCAAACGCGUCGCGAAGAAAAUAUGCGAGAAAAUAGGUGAAAAUUGUGUGAAAAUUUCGGUGUACAAUCUCCGUCUCCGUCGCUCUGUGUAUGUGUUUGUGCUCGUGCGUGUUAGUGCUAAAUAAAUCGCCAAACCGUCGUGCCACAGUGUUUGCCGUGUGCUGCGUUGGUGAAGUGAAUUGAAUAAACAACAACUCGAGACAAGUAUAUUUGCAUUCACUUCGCGUUGAAGUAUCGCAAGAAUCGGAAGUAACCAGUCCCGAUAGGAACCUUAUCCCCACAACGCGUCGAAGUUAACGAGAAAAACUAGCAACGAGAAGUCCUGCGAACGGUGUGAUCCUUUCCGCCGGUAGGGACUCACAGUCAGCGAGAAGUGCCAAAGAGGAGGAGCAGAAGCGAGCCGAAAAGCCGAUCCCUAUAGCGAUAAUGACACGUUGGCGCGUGUGCUGAUUGACACAACCAGUAACCUGUUGUCCUGCGUGGGGCGCAAAUUGUAAGGAAAAGCACAACCCGUCCUGUGUGUGUGCCAAAACGAGGGACAUCUUGGGUGGCGCAUGUGUCCUUUCCGCACUUGGUUGGACAAGAAGCUACUGGGCGAAUCGCGCAAGUGCCACGUUGCCUCCUCCCGGUUUGCGUGAGUGCUUGUGGCGCGGCACAACCGAUUGAUGAAUUUAUCUGGCGUGUGCUGUCCGUGCUCUUCCCCUCCCUGCGUCGUCCAACGCUUCCCCGCUGCCGUAACUAGAGAAAAAGAGCGACACGACGACGACAGCGACGAGCGAGAAAAGCUGCCUGUUGCCGGCGUUGGUUUAUGAGCUCGCGGGCGUACCAUCGCCACAGUAAGCAGUGUGUCGUCGCGUCUGGAGGUAGGGCCACGCGGUGGUUUAGUUGUGGGAAGCCCAGUGUGAUACGUGUCAGUUAGUGAACUUUUAGUGUGUGUGUGUGUGUGUAUGUGUUUACAUUCCAACGGCAUAAAUCACGACGGAGUGUGACGGUAGAGCCGGUGCCAUCCGCCAAACCCGAUUUUCGAUGGUAAAGGCACCACUGUUGUCGACCGCUUCCCAGCAGCAGCAGCACCAGAAGCCCCAGUGCCCGAAGGAGAUCAUCCACCAGCCGUCCCCGCCGGUCACGCUGUCCUGUGUAUCCUCCUCCCCGUCCACCUCCCAGGUGCUGAUACAGCAGCAGCAGCAGCCGCCGCACCAUCUCCACCAGCAUCACCAUCACCAUCUGCUUCAGCUUCAGCAGCAACAACCGCCACAGCAGCAGCAGCCCCCGCAACAGCAGCAGCAGCAGCAGCAGCCCCCCUUAUUCAGCUUCCCACCACCGCUGGCGACGGCGACAGCGGCCACCCACACGACGGCCUACUAUCCGAUCGGGCCGGUCAAGAAGCAUCGCCGGGUGCAGAUACAGAUGGCGACGGAACCGCCACCGGUCGGGACGGGCGGCAUCGUCGUGACGAAGACGGCCACGUCGGCCGCCAUCGCCGUAGUCGCACCGACCGCCCGGAAUGCGGCCGUCGCGAUGGCGACCGGCGGUACGCUGAGCAAUUGCGUGACCACGGGCACGGUAGCGCCCGCGCCGACCGUUGCAACCGUUUGCAGCGGCGCUGCUGCAACGGUCGUACAGUCGGCGACGAGCCAGGCACAGCAGCAGCAGCAGCAGCAACAGCAGCAACCAAUUCUAACCCUUGCGCCGGCCGGUACGUCACCAGGAGCAGCGGCAACAACGAUGAAAGCGAUAAAUCAACCCACGCUGCAGCAUCAGCGGAUUCAAUCGAUGCACCACAUCCAUCACCAUCAUCACCAUCAGCUGAUCAACGGUGUGCCGGCGUCGGCCGGCCAGCGCAUGCCGGCGAAUGCGGUGGCAGCGGCGGCCGUGGUCGCCUCGACCGCCACCCAUACGACCCACCAGCCGUCGCCGGCCGGCUGGCCGAUGGUCGAGCCGGUGUUUCACUUCGGGCCGGGGUUCGAGCUGGAAACGCGCCCGUACUGUCCGACCCACACGCCACCGUCGGAGCAUGUCGUGCUGUUUCACGUGCGGCCGGGGGUGGCCGUCACGUUCCAGAUCGCAGGCAACCGGGAAACGAUACGAG